UUCUUUCCAAACCAAUAACACCAACCGCCAGCACGCUCGAGAUGAGGCCUUCAUUACUCCUUAGGGCGACGCAUUACAAGCCCAUGAUCAAGUUCUUGGGACCGAGAAAAAAUAUCCAACAUUCGCCGCAUAAACCGGCUCCUCAUCCGUGUGCUCCUACCGAGGUUCAAGAAUCCUUCCAAUCCUUCCUCUCCAAGCUCAACUCUUCGUCGUCGCCAUCAUCGUCGCCAUCAUCGUCGCCGCCGCCGUCUUCUUCAUCGUCGAGUGGAUCUGGGGGCGCCGGAUUGUCAAGUUUGGAGAGCACGUUCAAGCCGACGGGGAAAAAGGUGGAUUACGAAAACUAUUGGGAAGCGCCGACGUAUCUGUGGGUCCAAAAGGAAGUGACAGAGAGGGAGAUGGAGUCUGUGAUGUCUGGGGGUGCGACAGAUAUUAGGACUGGACCUUGAGAUGUUUAAUCGCCAUUCCAAUGUCAAGACAUCCGAAAGGAAGGAGCAAAGGCGGACCGUUUAUCCGUGAAUGAUGAUGCAUGGGGUUCAUUUU